AUGGCUGGUGACGGUUUAGAAAAAUUCACUGAAGUUCCUGUUGAGUUCUUCAAAGAUGGUUCAGCUUUUGUCCAAAAAUGUACCAAGCCAGAUAAAAAAGAAUAUAUUAAAAUCAUCAGAGCUGUUGGUGUUGGUUUCAUUAUGAUGGGUAUCGUUGGUUACGCUAUUAAACUUAUCCACAUCCCAAUCCGUUACUUGAUUGUUUAA